CGUGGCCGAGUUGAGACACAGCAGGACACGUGAUCACUUUGUGUGUGUGUUGACACGUGAGCACUCUGUGUUGUGUGUUAGAUAGCAGGGGCUUUAUUUUAUUUUAAAACGAAGACGACGUUAAGAGGCUGGCGCUAGAACGAAACCGCUGAGACAAGGUUUUCUCGUGAGAGGAGGAUGAGGAGGAAGCAAUGGGGCAGGCGAACUGCAUCUGCUCUCGAGGAAUCUUCUCCAUCGACGACAAACGCUACUUCUUCAUUGAGCAGCUUGGCGAAGGCGGCUUCAGCUACGUGGACCUGGUGGAGGGGGCCCACAACGGCCGCUUCUACGCACUGAAGCGCAUCGUGUGCCACGAUAAGGAUGACCACAAGGGGGCGCUCAGGGAGGUGGAGAUGCACCGCGCCUUCCGCCACCCCAACGUCCUCCCGCUGGAGGGCAGCCGCGUGGUGGAGCGGGGCCCCAAGUGCGAGGUCUGGCUGCUGCUGCCCUAUUACCAGAGAGGCACACUGUGGGACGAGCUGGAAAAACUCCGCAACAAGCACAGCUUCAUGACGGAGGAGAGGAUCGUCGGCAUCUUCCGUGGCAUCUGCAGCGGCCUCAAGGACAUUCAUGACAAGGGCUUUGCGCACAGAGACCUGAAACCCACGAACGUCCUUCUUUCCGACGAGGACGUCCCCGUCCUCAUGGACCUCGGCUCCAUGGAGAAGGCUCGCAUCGAGAUUAAAAACUCGAGGGAGGCUAUGGCACUGCAGGAUCGGGCUGCAGAGCGCUGCACCAUAUCGUACCGUGCCCCAGAGCUGUUCACCGUUCCGAGCCACUGCAUCAUCGACGCACGGACAGACAUCUGGUCCCUGGGCUGCGUGCUCUUCGCCAUGAUGUUCCUGGAGGGCCCGUUUGACGGCGUGUUCCAGCGCGGCGACAGUGUCGCUCUCGCGGUGCAGAGCAGCGUCAACGUCCCGUCCAGCAGCAGGUAUUCACAACCUCUGCGCAAACUGCUAACCUCGCUUAUGGACGUGGACCCCUCGGAGAGGCCCACGGCCGACGGCGCCCUGGAGCAAGCAAACGAGCUGCGCGGCACCUUCUCUUCCACGCACAACACGGCCGUCUGAGUUUCAAAGCGGCCGCCGCUCCCAAAGUGGAUGUCCGGGGAGAGUUUCAGGAGGCCGAGCUUGUGUUGACAAAGAGCGCCAGCCAGCCGUCUUGUCUUCCCCCGGCUUCAGAGCACCGCAACGAGGCGUUGUUGUCAUCGUCGUCGUCGUCAUCAUCGUUGUUGUUACUCAGCCUCCUCGCUCAGAAAAUCUUAACUUGCUCAAUGCAUUCCACACGACGACGAACCUCGCUUCGCUACACGGCGACAGUGACGUCGCCACAGCGCUUGUGUCAGGCUUGGUGCGUUUUGAGGCCGCGCGAAGUGGCGAAGGUUGGCUGGAGCGCUCUUAUAUGCUAUGCUGGUUAUAUAGCAUUCCACGCACAAACAACAACUUUCCGUCAUUUGCCAGUGAUUGGUGUGAAGGCUCGGUGCAUGUGCACAACCCGUGAAGUUACAAAGGUUAUACACACAAAUGCACGUGCAUUUGUACAAAGUCAAAAGCAGAGAUGUCACCGACGGCUAAAAAUUUACUUUUGGAGCAAGUGCUAUUAUUGAACAGCUGCUCAGGCUGGGACAUCACCCCGAGCAGAUGGGUGGUUUGGUCAGUACGACCAGUGUGUCUGCAAUGCUAAAUGUAGACACACUGCACCAGGUAUGCAUUUUACACUGAGUUAACCCAGGUGGGGGGACCACGUCCAGUUUUCCAAACCGGUUCUCUCACUGGGGUGUGUGUGUGUGUGUGCGCGCACGCGCGAGGCCAGGAGUCAAGCCAGUGCCCGCUUGGGAUUGUUAGUGCCGUGUGAUCACGGCUUUGUCACCGUUCCCUCUGAAACGCACACAUGCUCGCGUGCGUGUGUAUCGAAGCUGCUGUACAGCGGGAUCGGUAAGGGGAGGAGCAUUCGUGUUCAGUCGGGCGCAACGCCUGGACCUUGCCUGCUACUGCCCUGCCCAGAUGAAAGUAUAAAGGCGGGCGAAUUAGGAGUGCUUUUUUUUUGUUCUUUUGACUCUUGCCUGUAUUAUCAUUAUUAUAUAUCAGACAUGGUCGUUACUCUACUGGUGGAUGAAGGCUUCCCAAAGCUACGAUGGGGCCGAUUAAUUUUUUUGGGGUGGGGAGUUCAAUUAUUUGUGGGUAACGGACAACAGGACGAAAACUUGAAAAUGCACAUUCUCUGAAUAUCGCGACAGUGCCGUCAUGCAAUGUCACACAUUUUAACUAAACUUCCGAGCUUCAUUUAUAACAUCUGUAGUUUAAACAGGUUCUUACACAUGCCUUUCUGCACAAUGGUAAAUAUGUUUUGGGAGUUUACCCCCCAGCAAUGCCGAAUGCAUUAGCAGCAUAACCUCUCUGGGAUUGUCAAGGGAGCAAACCAAAGGAGGGUUUAAAAGGGGGGGGUGGAGGGGGGAGGGGGGAGGUGUCUUUUGAGUGACUGAUCCUAGCGAAACUCGGCACAUCUUGAGUUUAACGCAACCAGCUGGCCGCAUUCACUUGCUCCGUUUGAUUGCCAUCCUAUGGGGCAUGUGUCCCCGGCAUCUUAACGUGCAACGUUCAAUACAGGGACUCCUCAACUUACCAACAUUCGACUUACGACCUUUAAGAGAUUCAAACAAACCUAGUUGCCUGUUCGGACCGAGAGCCGUAAGUUCAACCGCCGCGCAAUAGAUUCCGGUGGUGGCAUCUACAUCUGCAGAAGAUGAAGAACCAGUGGCAUCUACAGCAGAGAAUAUACAACGUUUAAAGCCGUUGCCCCUGUUUAGUGUACAUGCCGUACAACAUGUUUGGAAUCGACUUACGAACAGACGUUUGGAACCUAACUUGUCCGUAAGUAGAGGAGUCCCCGUACCAAGGUUUUUGAAGAGUCUAGUCCUUUCGGAUAUGUGCGUACUCUUUUUACGCGUAUUUAUGCAAAAUAAUAUCGCAUUCUUGUCCACGUGUCAGAAGGUGAAGUUAUGAAUUGUUCGAGUGAUAUUGAUAUCAUUGCCGUGUUAUGGACAUUGGACACUGCACCUUAAGUGGCAUCCAAGAUGGUAACGUGCAGCGUCUGAUACCAGGUAUUACAAAUGUCUGGUCUUUACACAUAUGGUUAGGGUUGAAGAAAAACAGCAUUAAUUUCCACACGUAUACUGGUAACGUUAUGCAGUGUCCAGUGGUGUUAAUAUUAUUGAGUGCAAUGACUCCUUGUAUAGUGAUUCCCAGUGUUUACAAGAUCAAUAGAGCGAAUUUUUUUUGCGUACG